AGCCUCGGCGCUGCCCCGCCAUGGCGCUGCUCACCCACUUCUUGGCCUGCGUCUUCGGCACCGGCUCCUGGGUCGCCGUCAACGGGCUGUGGGUGGAGCUGCCACUGCUGGUGCCCGUGCUGCCCGAGCACUGGUACCUGCCCUCCUACAUCACCGUGGUCAUCCAGCUGGCCAACGUGGGGCCCCUGGCCGUCACCCUGCUGCACCGGCUCCGGCCCGGUGCGCUGAGCGAGGUGCCCGUGAUCUACGCCGUGGUGGCCACGGGCGUGCUGGCCUGCCUGCUGCUGGCUUUCCUGUGGGGCUACACCACGCACGUGGCCGGAGCCCCCCACAGCACGGCCUUCCUCAUCCUCACCUUCUUCCUGGCGCUGGUGGACUGCACCUCCUCCGUCACCUUCCUGCCCUUCCUGGUGCGGCUGCAGCCCCGCUACGUGGCCCCCUUCUUCGUGGGCGAGGGGCUCAGCGGGCUCCUCCCCGCCCUCGUCGCCUUGGCCCAGGGCGCCGGCGUCACCCACUGUGCCAAUGUCACCCGGGAGGCCAAUGGGACCCAGGUCCUCCUGGAGACCCGCUAUUCCCCAGCCCGCUUCUCCCCGCUGGUCUUCUUCCUCCUGGUGGCUGCCAUGAUGCUGGCCUGCCUGGUGUCCUUCUUCUUCCUCACGCGGCUGCCGGCGGCACGGGAGCUGUCCCAGCAAAGCCUGUUCCGCGGCGACGUCAACCUCAGCCCCUUCCACGGCUCCCCGGGGGACGAGCUCGGCGGGGAGGACAAGCCAGGCAGCGCUGGCAAAGCGCCUGGCGAGGCCGACGUGGACGUGGCCGCCUAUUCCCCGGCCCGGCUCGCCAGCAUCUACGCGCUCGUGGCCUGGGUGAACGCGCUGACCAACGGGAUCCUGCCGUCCGUGCAGUCCUACUCCUGCCUGCCCUACGGCAAUGUGGCCUACCACCUCUCAGCCACGCUCAGCGCCAUGGCCAACCCCCUGGCCUGCACCAUCGCCAUGUUCCUGCCCGGCAGGUCUCUUGCCCUGCUCGGGGCCCUCUCCAUCACCGGGACGGGAUUCGGAGCCUACAACAUGGCCAUGGCGGUCAUGAGCCCCUGCCCCCUCCUGCAGCACUCGGCCUGGGGAGCUGCGCUCGUUGUCGCAUGCUGGGUGCUUUUCACAGGCACCCUGUCCUACGUGAAGGUGAUGACCGGGGUGAUCCUGCGGGGCCGCAGCCACGGUGCCCUGGUGUGGUACGGGGCGACGGAGCAGCUGGGGUCCCUCCUCGGGGUGCUUCUCAUGUUCCCCCUCGUGAAUGUCUACAACUUCUUCCGCUCCGCUGACUACUGCAGCCUGCAGUGCCCAGCCUGAGCCAGGGCCUGGGCAGGGCACUCGCUGGGCUGGGGCAUCCUGAACCCGGACGGGUGCAGCCCCCCAACUCCUUGACCGGUGGACCGUGGUGCAGGGCAAAGAAGAUGCCAAGGGACAUACCCCCCAGCCCUGACCCCAGCCCCAGGGAGCACUGUGGGUCCAGCAGGCGCUGGCUGGAGCGCAGGACAGCUCUGUCCCGGCUCCCCUUGAGCCAGGGGGUGGUGGGGCUGCUUCCCUGGGGCAAAGGGAGCCCUCUCCAGGGUGCACAGCCAGCGCAGAGCAGGGAAGAGCCGCCAGACCCCUGCAUCCCCUCAUGCACUGCCGCCCGGUUGCACCAGAUGGAGCCACAGGCUCGGCAAGAAGGCCCGGGCGGCUCCUAGCUGAGGCCGGGAUGGAGCAAAGAAGGGCCUAAGUCCCCUGGGGCUUUCGUGCA